CUCCUCUAUUUUCCACCGUGUUCUUCCCCUCUCCCUCUCUGCAACCCUAGUAUGCCUGCGUAUCACUUUCCUCUCCGUCCUUUCCAUAACACAAUCUAACCAUCAUUUACAUUCACAUUGCUAUUUGAUUUUUAAUUUUUGCAUAGAAAAAAUGGGAAUAGUAACAGGAAAACAGCAUCAGGAAGAGAAGAGGAUGACGGAGCAGGAAAUAAAAAAUCAAUUAUAGGAAGCAAACAAAACCAGCAGCAGCAGCAGAAAAAGAAGAAGAAGAAGAAGAAGAAGAAGAAGAAGAAGAAGAAGAAGAAGAAGAAGAAAGCUUCGGAGGACCAAAAAAAUAGAGGAAAAUGGAUUCAUCAGCUUCUGUUCCACAAGCCAGUGCCCUGUCAGCUGCUUCAACUGUAUCUCAGUCCAUUCCCUUACCCCUUCAUUCUCCUUCAAGUUCUACAAAGACUUUAUCUUCAUCUCCUAACCUAGGCCCAUCACCUUCACACAUACCAAUCACUACUCCUUUUCUUGUGCCCCCUGGGUCGGCUGGAACUCCUGUGACACCUGGACCCUCUGGAUUGGUGUCAUGUGCUCCAAUGACUCUCCCAUCUGUAGCUGUUGAUUCUGCAUCAAAUUCAGUUCAGAGACCCAUCAUGCUGGCUACUACUACUGCUUCAAAUCCUGUAGUUCAGCAACAAAAUUACCCCACUUAUCCAUCUUUACCUGCUAUAGCUGCUUCCCCCCAAGGACUCUGGUUUCAGCCCCCACAGAUUGGUGGCAUGCCUAGGCCGCCAUUUAUGCCAUAUCCUACUGUUUUUACUGGAUCCUUUCCUUUGCCAGCACAUGCUGUUUCUCGCCCUUCUUUCCCAUCACAUGAUUCUCAACCUCCUGGUGUUACUCCUAUUGGAACUGCAGGUGCAAAUCCCCCGUUGUCUUCUGCCUCAGGUCAUCAGUAUAUUGGCACUCCAGGGAUGCAGAAAGAAUUACCUCCUCCUGGAAUUGAUGACAAGGAUAAUACAUAUGACAUCAGCUCCAUGGACAAUGCUGCCAACAAUGAACCAUUAGAUUCUUGGACUGCCCACAAGACUGUUGCUGGAGUAGUUUACUAUUAUAAUGCGUCAACAGGAGAGUCUACUUAUAACAGACCUGCUGGCUUUAAGGGGGAGCCUGAUAAGGUUACUAUGCAGCCAACUCCAUUUUCAAUGGAGAAUAUUGCUGGUACAGACUGGGCCUUGAUCACAACAAAUGAUGGAAAAAAAUAUUACUACAACAGCAAAACCAAGUUGAGCAGCUGGCAGAUCCCAAAUGAAGUGAUGGAACUGAAAAAGAAGCAGGAAGCUGAAGUAUCAAAAGAAAAUGAAGUCUUAGUUGCACGCUCUAAUGCCUUGACUGAAAAAGCACCUGUUCCGAUUAAUUUGAGUGCUUCUGCUGUCAACACAGGCGGCCGUGAUGCCAUCUCUCUUAGAGCAUCAAGUGCACCAGGAACAUCAUCUGCAUUGGAUUUGAUAAAAAAGAAGUUGCAAGACUCGGGAACUCCAAUAACUUCUCCUUCGGCAGUUUCAUUAGGAUUAACAACACCAGAGUCAAAUGGCUCUAGAGCUAUUGAACCUGCAGCUAAGGGUUUGCAAAGCGAGAACAGCAAAGAUAAGCAAAAGGAUGCUAAUGGUGAUGGUAAUGAAUCAGACUCUUCUUCAGAUUCAGAGGAUGAAGACAAUGGGCCCACAAAGGAGGAGUGCAUUAUCCAGUUUAAGGAGAUGCUAAAGGAACGUGGAAUAGCACCAUUCUCAAAAUGGGAGAAGGAGCUGCCAAAAAUAGUUUUUGAUCCUCGUUUUAAGAGGCUAUCCUAUUUAUCAAAUCAAAUCCCUGAUGAACAAGGCAUCCCAAUUUUCAAGGCUAUACCUAGUCAUUCUUCUAGGAGGUCGUUGUUUGAGCACUAUGUUAAAACGCGUGCUGAGGAGGAACGCAAGGAAAAACGAGCAGCUCAGAGGGCUGCAAUAGAGGGAUUCAAGCAGUUACUGGAAGAAGCAUCAGAGGAUAUUAAUCAAAACGCUGAUUAUCAAACUUUCAGAAAGAAGUGGGGCAAUGAUCCGCGGUUUGAGGCUGUAGAUCGUAAAGAUCGAGAGCACUUAUUAAAUGAAAGAAUUAUUCUUGUGAAGAAGGCAGUGCAGGAAAAGGCUCAAGCUGAACGUGCAGCAGCUGCUGCUAGUUUCAAGUCAAUGCUUCGAGAAAAAGGGGAUCUAACAGUUAAUUCCCGUUGGUCCAAGGUGAAGGAAAGCCUGAGGAACGAUCCAAGGUACAAAUCAGUAAGGCAUGAAGAUAGGGAAGUUUUAUUCAAUGAGUACAUAUCUGAACUAAAAGCUGUAGAAGAUGGAGCAGAACGAGAGGCUAAAAUUAGAAGGGAGGAGCAGGAGAAGUUAAAAGAAAGGGAGCGAGAAUUGCGCAAGCGGAAGGAAAGAGAGGAACAAGAAAUGGAAAGGGUUCGAGUGAAAGUUAGGAGGAAGGAGGCAGUUGCAUCCUUUCAAGCUUUGCUUGUGGAAACAAUCAAGGAUCCACAGGCAUCUUGGACAGAGUCGAAGCCCAAAUUGGAGAAGGAUCCUCAAGGACGUGCAACUAACACUGAUUUAGAUCCAUCCGAUACUGAGAGACUCUUCCGGGAACACGUAAAGAUGUUGUAUGAGCGAUGCGCAAAUGACUUCAAAUCACUGUUGGCUGAAGUUAUAAAUGCUGAAGCAGCUGCCCAGAAGACAGAAAAUGGAAAAACAGUUCUUGAUUCAUGGUCAACUGCUAAACGUCUUCUAAAACCUGAUCCCAGGUAUAACAAGAUGCCUAGAAAAGAUCGGGAAAGCUUGUGGCGACGAUAUGCAGAUGAUAUGUCACGGAAGCAGAGGACGACGGUUGACCAGAAGGAAGACAAGCAUGCAGAUUCAAAGAAUAGAAAUUCUACUGAUUCAGGAAGGUACCUAUCGGGAUCAAGGCGAACGUACGAUGGCAGAUAGAUUAUGUUAUGUUUUUUCUGGGUUAGGAACUGUUAGGCGCUCAUGCAUGAGGAGGUUAGUUUCUAAUUACUGUAUCUAUUCCGGAGUGAGCUGAAUAGCUGAAUUCAUUGAAAUUUAUUACAUAAAUAUUGAUGCUAUGUUUACAAUAUUAGCAAUUAGGGAAGAGAAUAUGAAAUUGUUUUACUUGAGCCUUCA